UUAUAAUUUUUAUACCAUUAAUUUUUAUUUUUCAAACUCUACAAAUAGAGACUAACUUUGUGUCAUUUGGACACAAAAAAAAUCUGAGUUUCUACACCCUAUUCUUCUUCUUUCUACAAUUUGAAGCUAGUUUCUUCAUGGAUCCUUCACAAAACUAUCCUAAUUUUUCCUACAACUACAACUUUCCUAACCAACCUCAAAAUACCCUCCCUCAACCACAACAUCCAAAUAUACAACGCCCCGAAAAUACUCAAAAUACGGGGAUGCAGCCCAAUUUUCAAAUGCCGUAUAUGAUGCAACCAAAUUUCGGCAUGCAAUAUCCUUAUCUUCCUUACGGUUAUCCUCCAGUUCCGGGAAGCAGCUAUGUUCCCUCCCAUAUGAAUUGUCCUAACACGGAGUCGAGUGAGCCAGCGACACCCCGGUUUAGUAGCGGAUCUACAGAUAUCCCAGAAUUUUCUACCCAAAUGUCUUUGGGAAAUGUUGGUGGGGAUACUCCUCACAGUUUUCUCCCUCCAACCCAACAAUCAGCAAAGAGAUCAAGUUAUGAAACUUGGACCACCGAAGACAACAUACUUUUACUAACUGGUUAUUUUCACGUUAGUAAUGAUAGUGAGUUGGGGAACAACCAAAAGGGUGAAACUUUCUGGGGUAAAAUUACACAGUACGUGAAUGAGAACGCCAAAAGUGGAAAGGAGAGGAUUGUGUCUCGGUGCCAUAGUCAUUUCAAAGACAUCAACAGAAAGAUAUCCAGUUUCAUUGGCUGCUACAGUACUGCAUGUAGGGAGAAGCGUAGCGGUUGGUCCGAUGAAAACUACAUAUCCAAGGCAAGAGAGUUGUACUUUGAGAAAAUAGGUACGACGUUUAAUUUGGUGGAUGAGUGGAAGGUGGUUCGUAAUCAACCCAAAUAUAUGACAGGAGGAAAUGCAUCCGGUAGUAGUGGCUCUAAAAGAAAGAGUAGUGGUGAGGAUGUUGAAUCAUCAACUCCUACCCUUGUACGUCCAGAGGGUAGGGACGUGGCAAAGAAGAAAGCUAGAGCUUCCUCUAGUAAAACAUCUGUGUCAAGGAAAUCAAAGGGGGCAAUUGAGGAGGAGUUAUCUAAGCUAGUCAGUGCUCAUGAAAAAUUUGAAGAGAAAAGAUCAAGUACUGCUUCAGCUAUGAAUAACCUGGCUCAUUCCAAGAAUAUGGAGAUGUGGUUAUUCUUGAAAAACAAACCAGAUCGUGACGAUGAAGAUGAAGAAGCUUAUAAUAUGUUGAGGAAGAACCUGUUUGGAAAAUAAGACCUUCUCAAGAAGUUAUGAUUGUGUGUUUUCUUUCUGAUGUUUUUGUGUGCCGUUUGUUUAAUUUUGGAGUUGUGUGGGUGCCUAUGUUUGUUGAAUGUAUUAAUAAAAGUGUUGUUUAUGUUUGAAUAAAAUUGUUGUUUAUGUUUCAAUAAAGCCGAUUGAUAAUGACUUCUCACUGCAUAAUAGUACAAAAGAUACAAUUACUACUCACUGCAAAAACAA